AGGUGCAGGGGGAAGGAAGGAAGGCAUAGAAGUAAAUGUCGGGUAGAAGCUUUUAUUUAUAGCACUUUAUGUCAUUUUGUCAUAAAUAGGAUCAAUUUCAGUUGGUGGCAAUGCACGCUUAUUUUUUUGUACACAGUGAUGCAGGGGAACGUUGAUAAGGAUGCAAACUGAGGGGAGGAGUUAAGCUCGCUAGCUUCCUUCGUCGUGAGCGAAUGAUGGCAACUGAAGAGCGAAGGGGAGCGUUAUUGCAACUGGAACUAAUCGAUGCACGACGGCAGUCAUUUUUAUGGCAAAUGAGAGAAGGCAUUUGCGGAGGUGGGCUGUACGCCCUCUGAAAAAGGUGUACACAGACAGGAAAUAAUGCACCACAAACCGACCAAUCACAGCUAGACAUUGUCACGGCAGAGCAAGGAUUUUUUUGGAGGUACACAGAGACUGAAACCUGAAAAAUGCAACAAAAUGUGAAGCGUGUUUAAGGGUGAAACUGCAUUAUGUUGAAGGACGGCUGACAGCCACCAGGGAGAAUACUUGCUCACUAUGAAGAGUAUGUUUGAAUUGUUCAUCCAGUGACCAAAUAAGGAAAAGCAGCCAUGCCAGUGCUGCAGGUGCUGUGCAGUCUGAUUGGCUGGCUGGGUCUCUACAUGGCGUUCUGCCGGGUCUCCCCUCAUCGGGGGCCCGAGUGGAAUUGUCGCAUGGUCACGCUGUCCCACGGCGUGGUCAUCGUCCUGCUGACGGCGUACGUCAUCUUCAUAGACGGACCCUGGCCCCUCACACACGCAGGUACAGCAAACACUCCACACCAGAUUUGGGCCCUGUCCGUCUGCCUCGGCUACUUCCUCUUCGACAUGGGCUGGUGUGUGUGCUUCGGCACGGAGGGCAGCGUCAUGCUGGCCCACCACGCUGCCAGCAUCACUGGCAUCCUUCUGGCGCUGCUGAUGGGCGUGUCGGCCUGCGAGACCUGCGCCGUGAUCUUCGGCAGCGAGGUCACCAACCCCCUGCUGCAGACCCGCUGGUUCCUGCGUCGCCUGGACCUCUACGACAGCCUGCUGGGCGACGCCGUGGACCUGCUCUUUAUUUUUUUGUUCGCCACUGUUCGCGUGGGUGUGGGUGCGGCCAUGUUUUACCAUGAGCUGACCUCGGCGAGAACGACAAAGGUCAUGAAGCUUGGUGGUGUGGUCAUGUACGGACUGGCGUGGGUGUUCAUGGUGGACAUCGCCAGAUUCGGCUAUAAGAAGAGUCGUGUUAGGUACAAGCAGUGGAGGGAAAAGCACAAGGAAGUCAACAUGGAUGGACAACACUUAGACAAGAAAAAAGAUGACAUUAGACUUGAAGACAAUUCAGCAGUAGACAAAGACUGACUGAUCACACUGCCAUCUGCAGGCACUGGGAGGAACUGCACUUGUAUCGUUUAAGAACUCUCAUUUGGUCAAGAGGAAGCUCAUAUUUGCCAUCUCCACCAGCAGUACCAUAGAAAAUAAUUGAGCUCUGGUCCCAUACUGCCCUCUAGUGACUCACAGGCUCAAUUAUGAUAAUAUUUGAGAUACAACUACUGUCAUUUGUACAAAGGUAAACUAAAAGCACUUGUUUAUAUAUUAAUAUUCAAGUGUACCAACAAAUACUAGGGCCACUUGUAAAAGAAAAAAAUAAAGAUGCAACAUAAGAAAAAAGUUGUAAAGUUUUACAAUAAUAUUGUAUUUUGCUUACAAGUAAAGCUUUUUUUCCACAAUAUGACAAUUCCUUUCUUGCAAUGUAUAUA